ACUUUGUGCUUUGAAGGCGAAAUCUCUGUAUUUUCUCCAUGAUUUUGAGAUGAACAAGAAGCAUGAAUACAAAGCACAAGCUCUUCUGCAAAAUCGCGGAUGCGAUGGAUGCUGCUGCUAGGGCCAAAAUUUCCGAUCUUCUUCAUCGCAAUCCCUCAUAUAUCUGUUUGGCUGGAAAGAAAAUGCCGUUAAAUCAUGUAAGGAAAUUCGUUCCUUCAGUCAUCAUGAAGUUUGAAGCCCGAUAUGUUCUUGAUGGUCGAGGAAGUUCGACUGCUGAAGCGGACUUGUAUUAUUCGUCUGCAUCAAUUCCACAGGCAUUGUUCGAGCUGAACCGAAAACCGAAAAAGAAGGUGGAAUGCGAAAGACAUGAUGGAGGCGCUGCUGUAACACACAGGAUGUCCGCAGUUCUAGCUCCUCGUGGUGACCCGAUCCUUGCAGAUCCGAGUUCCCUGCCUUAUCGCGAUGCUCGUUCAGCAGCUGGUAGCAGCAGUAGCAGCAGUGACCUGUCGGUUCUUGAUGAUUCCGAUGACCAGUCGUGGCACUCGGUUUUCGACUCCACGGCUUGGGGAUCUCAUGGCGACGGCCUGUUUUCCGGCGAGAUUGAGGGCGUUCCGGACGCUGAGACGGGUGGUUUCAUCUCGGGAAGCUCGUCGGAGGUGGAUUUGGAGAGUGGGGAUUUGGAGGUGAAGGUGCAUUUGGGGAAGAUCGAAAGGGAUUGCAGAAUUUGUCACUUGGAACUGGAAAGCGGCGGCGGAAGAGAUCAUAAUGAUACUCCGAUUCUGCUUGGUUGUUGCUGUCGUGGUGAUUUGGGUACUGCUCACAAGCAUUGUGCUGAGACUUGGUUCAAAAUCAAAGGAAAUACAAUUUGUGAGAUAUGUGGAGCAACUGCACAAAAUGUUGCAAGUCAACAAAUAAAUGAACCGAGCAAUGCGGCUGCUGCUGCUGCUGCAGUAGCAUCCUCAGCUAUGACAGCACCCCUAACUCUGGUCGAGACUCGAACGAUCUUUCACGGUCGACGCAUUAUGAACUUUCUGCUUGCUUGCAUGCUCCUUGCAUUUGCAAUGUCCUGGCUUUUUCACUUCAAGUUAAUGUCAUAGGCUUAGGAAGAUCGCCAGUAGAAGAAAACUGGGGGAAUUCCAAGUUCUUUAGGCCUUUGUACAUAUACUUACACUUUGUUUAGUUAAUUUUGAUGAGGUUGGUUUCAUUAGAGGCA